CCGCCACUCUCAGUCUCUUACUGCCGUUUCCAUCGCUUCUGAUUUCCCCUCUCUCUCUCUCUCUCUCUUCUCACCGCGCGACCAAGAACAGCUUUGAGAUGUUGUGGGUCGACAAAUAUCGUCCAAAAGCCCUAGACAAGGUUCUGGUGCACGAGGAUGUGGCUCAGAAUCUAAAAAAACUGGUCACUGAGCAGGAUUGUCCCCAUUUACUAUUCUUUGGUCCUCCUGGUUCUGGAAAGAAAACCCUAAUCAUGGCCCUGUUAAGGCAACUCUUUGGAGCCAGUGCAGAUAAGGUUAAGGUGGAGAAUAAGACUUGGAAAAUCAAUGCUGGGGCGAGAACUAUUGAUUUGGACCUCACAACAUUAUCGGGUACAUAUCAUAUUGAGCUCAAUCCCAGUGAUGCUGGCUUCCAGGAUAGAUAUAUCGUUCAAGAGGUAAUUAAAGAUAUGGCAAAUAACAGACAAAUUGACACCAAAGGGGGGAAGAAAGGGUUUAAAGUGUUGAUACUGAACGAGGUUGACAAGCUUUCUAGAGAAGCUCAAUAUUCUCUUCGAAGAACAAUGGAGAAAUAUAGUGCAUCAUGUAGGUUGAUUUUGUGUUGCAACAGUUCUUCAAAGGUUACUGAGGCAAUACGUUCUCGAUGCUUGAAUAUGCGAAUCCCAGCACCAACAGAGGAACAGAUUAUUCGAGUACUGGAAUUCAUUGGCAAAAAAGAAGGUUUGCAACUUCCAUCUGGUUUUGCUUCCUGCAUAGCAGAGAAGUCAAAUCGGAAUUUAAGAAGGGCUAUUCUAGCAUUUGAGACGUGCCGGGUGCAACAGUAUCCUUUCACAAGUAACCAAACCAUCCCACCGAUGGACUGGGAGGAGUAUGUUUCCGAGAUAGCUUCAGAUAUAAUGAAGGAGCAGAGCCCUAAAAGGCUUUUUCAGGUUAGGGGCAAAUUAUACGAGUUACUUGUGAAUUGUAUUCCUCCAGAGAUUAUUUUAAAGAGGCUGCUCUAUGAAUUGUUGAAGAAACUGGAUGAUGAGUUGAAACAUGAACUGUGUCACUGGGCGGCCUAUUAUGAACAUAGGAUGCGCCUCGGACAGAAAGCGAUCUUUCAUCUAGAAGCAUUUGUGGCCAAGUUCAUGAGCAUCUACAAGGGUUUCCUAAUCGCAACAUUUGGCUAAGUUUGAGUAUUUCUCGUUUCUUUUAGGCAAAAUUUAUCUGCUUUUUCACAACUUCAUAUUUUUGGUAUCAACAUUUGAAAUGAAUGGUAGUGGUUCAAG